UACAAUUUUCUCUCUCUGUGUAGUGUUGCAGAGUUUACCAUUUUGACUCCAUGACGAAAACUUCUCUGCACCAACAGAUUGCGACCAUGAGACAGUCAUUCUUCGAUGAGGAAAUUCUGGGUGAACACUUUGUCCAGGUUGAGAAAUUAGAUGAUGAUAAUCCACACUUUCUGGAGAAGGUUCUGACUUCGUAUUUCAGAGAAUCAUCCGAGGCUAUAGCUAUUCUAGAUCAAGCACUAGAGAAGCCUUUCUGCAAUCUCAUGAAUCUCGAAAGACCAAUUUAUAAGCUCAAGGGAAGCAGUGCCAGUAUUGGUGCCAUUAAGGUGUGCAAGGAAGUAAAUCAUGCAAUUGAAUGCUGCAGAGAGAGAAACAUGGAGGGGGUCAAGGCUGCUAUGGAACGAGUAAAAAACGAGCAUAACAUCUUACGCAGCAAACUUGAGCCCUACUUCCAGAUGCUGCGACAAGCUGGGCCUUCGGAGAGAGCUGAUCGUCCCAAGUGAAGUGAAGUGAAGCGUAUACUCAAUUUUUCAUUAAGUAAAUAAAAACAGUUGUUUCUUGUUUCUCUGGGUUCUGCUCCUUUUUAUUUCUUUCA